AGGGGGCGCGGGGCUCCUGCAGCCCCAGGCAGCGGCGGCGGUAGGCAGGGCACCCAGGCAGCGGUGCCAAGGCAGCGCUAGGCCUGCCUCCCUCCCUCCCCUCCCGGCAGGCGACUUUUCAGGAGGAAGCCACCCAAUGCAAAAGCUCUGCCUCCAACUUUCCUCCUUAGCAGCAAAGCCGGGGGGUGGCGGUGCGGGGAGCUGCGGGGAGUACAGCCCGGGAGUCUGAUUUAGGAGGUGGGGGGGGGGGGAAGCCUGCAGGGUUUCCACGUGUCCUCUGGGUCUGCUGGACGGCGCUUCUGGGAGCCAGAGAGGCCGAGGGGGGAUGCAUCUGCCACCGCUUGCCACUGAAGUCGCUCUGAAGGCAGCAGGCACGCGUCUGUGGCGGAGGAGAGGCGCUCGCCCCUUCAGCCCAGCCAUUAGAGACCCGUUCCUCGCCCCCGAUGAGGAGCGGAGCCAGCUGCUUGUGUGUCUCGGGCUCUCUGGUUAAUAACAAGCUUUUAGGGGAGCGGUAGCCCCGGCUGGAAAGUAUUUCCUCAGGCGUUUCCCUUCAUCCCUUGCUAACUGUCAUCACAGACUUCCCGGGCAGCCCUGCCUUCCUGGCACUCCCCCGGAGAAAUCACCAGUGCAUGGGGGAGGCAGGAGAGAGGCGCUCCGGGUCAACGGCAAGGGCAUCCUCAGACGAGCCCGAUGCGGGCUGGGCGCUGAUGGCCGGCAGGAGCGGAGCAGGGGACAGAGGGGAAGAGGCUGCGGCUCUGAUGGGACGCUGAGCGGAGCUGCUGCUGCUCGCCCGCGGGAGGAGCCCAGCAGACCAGGUGCGCUAGAGGGGGAAAUAAAAAGGAGCGAGAGAAAUUGGUGGAUUUGCUGCCUGGCUUCUGGCUUCCCUAACCCCCAGCCCUGCGCAGCCUGCCAGUAUGAAGGAGUAACUCGCACCCAGCGUGGUUCUUGGCCAUCGCUCAGGGAGCCGGAUAUUUCAGACCAAACGAUGGCUUUCCAAAAAUCACCCGAUCCCUCCAGCGCCGCCAGGAAAAACCCCAGCCUGCUGGAGAUAGGCGCUCUCUGCCUGGACUCCGACAUCAUCUUCGGCUUCACCAGCCACCUGCUGCGGAGGAAAGGCAAGGUCGCGGAGGGAAGCUCUGGGCGAGAGCCGGCCCCGCUGUCUCUGGAGCUCGCCCCUAGGAAGAGGCUGCCGCCUGCCGCCGAUGAGGACCGUUGCGGCAGCCGCCCCGCUCCGGAGGGAGCUGGGGCCGUCUCGCUGGCCGAGCUGGGGCACUUCGAGAGAACCGGGAAAGGAGGAUGGUGCAAGAACUGCCAGGUCAAACUGGCCGAACUCAAGAAGCAAGCCGUGAAACUGGCCGCCAGCAGCAGCCCAGCUAACUCCCUGCCGGACCCAAGAUUAUCAGCUUUAAUUUUUGAUAAGCUUCAAGUGCCUGACUAUUUACAGAAAAACAGGAAUGAAGGAGAGAGCAGAUGUGAAAUUUGCGCCACCCACCUGAAUCAGCUGAAGCAGGAAGCCAUUCAAAUGAUCCAUACCCUUAAUCAAGCCAGCUAUCAAGAAGUACCUGGCCUCCCUCAAAGUUCUGGAGCAUUGACCAGUGUCUUACCAAGGAUGGUGACUGUGUCAUCCCAAAGGGAUUUGCCGCUUGUUUCUGGGCAGGUGGGUAGACAGUCCGGAAAAUCAACAAAUCUUUUCUCUGGGACAGAGAGAAAGAAGGGACUUGGAUGGCCUCAAGGCACAAGCAGUUUUCCAAACUCCAGUGUUCAAGUAACUGUGGCUCCCAGCGGCCUCAGUGGUGCUUUGAGCUCCGUGACUAUCCAGGCUCAGCAAUACCUUGAGGGGAUGUGGAGUAUCUCCAGGGUGAACAGCUUUCUUCCCCAAGCUUGUCUAGCAGAAACGGCAACAGAGGGUGGACGGGAAGGUCCUAACGUUCACGUCGCCUCAGGGCAGAACAACUGUGACCAAACUGGAACAGGUGGCUCACUGACCUCGCAGAGUUUGGUUGCUCCUGCUGGGGCCUGUGCUGGUACUUCAGCUGCGGCUUCAUUCUUCAUAAGAGCAGCACAGAAGCUUAACCUGUCCUCGAAGAGAAAGAAGUACCAUCCGCCCCUGCCACGCUCUCACGACUUCUCUGUCUAUGCCACCAACUUUAGUGGCAUACUGCAGUUAUGCUCUCCCCCAGCACCGCCAUGCCUUUUGAGAGCAGUGUCAAAAAUCAAGGACAACCCUGGCGUUGGAAAGGUGAAGGUGAUGGUGAGAAUUUGUCCUUCUCAAGGACCACAUGACACGUCCGAAUCCAUGUCUUUUCUAAAGGUAGAUCCACGAAAAAAGCAAAUCACUCUUUAUGAUCCAUCUGCAAGUGGACCAUCCAACUUAGGUCACAGGAGAGGAACUGUUGCUGUCCCAAAGAUGUUUGCCUUUGAUGCAGUAUUCCCUCAGGAUGCUUCUCAGGCUGAGGUAUGCUCUGGAACAGUAGCAGAAGUAAUCCAGUCUGUUGUGAAUGGUGCAGAUGGUUGCAUAUUUUGCUUUGGUCAUGUCAAGCUUGGUAAAUCUUAUACCAUGAUCGGCAAAGAUAACUCCACACAAAGCCUUGGUAUUAUCCCCUGUGCAAUUUCUUGGCUCUUCAAGUUAAUCAAUGAACGCAAAGAAAAAACUGGGACUCGUUUCUCUAUUAGAGUAUCUGCUGUGGAGAUCAGUGGCAAAGAUGAAAACCUUAAGGAUUUGUUAGCUGAAGUAGCCACUGGCAGCCUUCAGGAUGGUCAGUCUCCAGGGGUUUAUUUGAGAGAGGAUCCGAUAUGUGGAACCCAGCUUCAAAACCAAAGUGAGCUUAGGGCCCCGACAGCAGAGAAAGCUGCCUUUUUCCUUGAUGCUGCAAUUGCUGCCAGAAGUACCAGUAAACCCGAGUGCGAUGAAGAAGACAGGAGGAAUUCACACAUGCUCUUCACUCUUCACAUUUAUCAGUAUCGCAUGGAGAAGAGUGGCAAAGGAGGAAUGUCCGGAGGACGGAGCCGUUUGCAUCUGAUUGAUCUAGGAAGCUGUGAAAAAGUGCUGAGCAAGAGCCGAGAUGGGGGAGGUUCCCUGUGCCUGUCUCUGUCUGCCCUGGGCAAUGUAAUUUUGGCCUUAAUUAAUGGUACUAAACAUGUACCAUACAAGGACAACAAGUUGACUAUGUUGCUGAGAGAAUCAUUUGGGAACAUCAACUGUAGAACAACCAUGAUUGCUCAUAUUUCUGACUCCCCAGCAAAUUAUGCAGAAACUCUCAUGACAAUUCAGCUUGCAUCACGAAUCCACCGAAUGAGAAAGAAGAAAUCCAAGUAUGCAUCCAGCUCAUCUGGAGGAGAAAGUUCAUGUGAAGAAGGCCAUGUACGAAGACCACCUCACUUGAGACCCUUUCACCCAAGAACUGUAGCACUUGACCCUGAUCUUCCUGUACCGAGUAUUUCUAGUGAUCCUGAUUAUUCCUCCAGCAGUGAACAAUCUUGUGACACUGUCAUCUAUGUUGGUCCAAAUGGUGCAGCUUUGUCUGACAGGGAACUAACAGAUAAUGAAGGGCCUCCAGAGUUUGUUCCCAUAAUUCCUUCCCUUAACAAAAAGAGAAGCAAGGACAACUUUGCUAUUGCUAGAAGUUCUGACAAGGACCAUUUUAAGUGCAACACUUUUGCUGAAUUGCAAGAAAGGUUAGAAUUCAUUGAUGGAAGUGAGGAACCUAUAAAGUUUGCUUGUGGAGAAACACCUGUUGCAUCAAAUUGUAGUCCUGUGACAGUGACAGAAAAUGUGCAGUCUAAACUGAUAAAUGAAAAACCAUCUUCUCCAUCUGGAGCGUAUAAAAAAUCUGUUCCACAGGAAACAGUGUCUCCAAAAAAAGGACAUAAUCUUUAUUUCCAGGCUGCUGUGCAAAGGGGUGGCAGCUGUCAUGAAAAGAAUGCCCCUCAUGUCAAAGCGGAACAUUCCAAACUGCAAACCAAAGCUGAAGGCAAAAAACUGGGCUCAGCCUCGGAUGGCGAGAAAGAGAGAGACACAAUCACAGAUUCGCUGAAAUCAUCGAAAUAUAACCCUACUAGGAGUCGAGAGCAGAGUAAGGCCACAGCUGAACCUGUAGUGAAAGAAAAGUCCUCAUAUGUGAAGAGACCUUUACCAAGCCCUGCACCCCCACCUCCACAACAGAGAGAUCAGACCCUCAAGUCCAAAGAAGCAUGUUCAGAGUUGGACAAUAGCAGUGCAAUCCGGACUCCUCCUGUGGGAAUGAGUAAGCAAAUGGCUAGCAAACCUGAGCACAACUUGGUAGGAAGCACAUUUCUAGUUGGCAGUAACACCCAGAAUCAAUCUGGCGCUAUCGAGGUACAUAGUUUCCACUCAGCAUUCAAAGGUAAAUGUUUUGACCGGGAUAUACUGACCACCACAGUGACUUUGCAGCAGCCUGUGGAGCUGAAUGGAGAGGACGAGCUUGUUUUUACAGUGGUAGAGGAACUAUCCAUCAGUGGAAUUUUAGAUAAUGGAAGGCCUUCCAGUAUCAUUAGCUUUAACAGCGACUGCUCCCUUCAGGCUCUUGCAUCAGGUUCUAGGCCGGUUAGUAUUAUUAGCAGUAUAAAUGAUGAGUUUGAUGCUUAUACCUCACAGGCAAGCUCUACUGGUGUAAAUAUUGAUAUUGUUUUGCCCUUUGCUGAGGAUCCGUUUUCCAGCAGCAGACGUUCCUCCAUCAGUUCUUGGCUUAGUGAAGUUAGCAUUUGUACAAUUGAAAGUGAUGGAGCCCAGUCCAGUGACAGUUUUGUUGCCCAGUCAUCUUACAGCUGUAAUAAGACCAAGGAACCUUUUAAUUUGGAUUUGCCCAAUGUAGCCACCCCAUUGAAAAGCUCCCUGAAUGACAGUGGAUUUUGUUUCUCAGAGCUGGAAACUGAGAGUAUAAGUUCUAGCAAAAUGUCUUCAGGCAUCAACAAAAGCCCCCAAACCUCUGAAUUAACCAAAGCAUCUCAGAUGAAAAGUGCUUUUUGUGUAGCUGAUCAGCCUAUAAAAGUUAAAUCUAGCAACUCUCGAGGUACACCGAUGAUAGAAACAAUACAUUCUAGUCUUCCUAGGAAAACAAAAACUACCUCAUCUCCGACUCACAAUAAUGUCACUGUAAGCUACAGGGAACAGCAGAAUCCACACAGUAUUUUUGAAGAUCCGUGGCUGGUGCGCAUGGAUAGUCACUUGGAAGCAAAAGCUGCAGAAUCUCGGCUGUCUCCAAAAUCUCACACAUUUGGUACUGAUAAGCAGCCAACAAAAGCUGCCCAAUACUUCAGCAGUGCAACCAAGCCAACUAAGUCGCAGACUAUGCUUGCAUGCUCUCAGAGGGUUGUAGAUGGUUGUGAAAUGGCUUGCAAAUCUUCCAAUGAAGCCACUAAAAAAUCUGAAGCAGCAAUGAAAAUGCCACAGCUUAAGAGAGGAGCUACCACGCUGGGUGUGAUGCCAGUAGCACACAGUAAUAGUGCUCCAUCAGAAGGUGUGAGUAGGGGAAGUUCUGAAGCUUCCUUUGCUGUUGGCAGCCUGAAAACAUCCCUGGGAAAGAAGACUCUGCCACAAAAGUCAAGCUUGCUACCUAGGCCAAAUGGGACCAUACCUCCAACACCUCCUGUACGUAAAUCAAGCCUAGAGCAGAAAAAUGUGGUGGUCACAAAUAGUGGAGGCAAAGCUGCAGGCCUAGACUGUCCUAGAGUUGUAACAGCAAAAGCUGAGGAAGAGGCAGAAUUGCGAUCAAAAGCUGGAUCUUGGGUUAGUGAAAGUACCAGCAGUAAAACAAGCCUCAAGGGGGACCAUUCUUUGCCUAAAAUGACUUCAAGUUUAAAGACUAAGGCAUCUAAAAAUGAAGCUGUUCAUCGAUAUGAGAGUCACGUGUCUCUGGAAAGGUGUGAUAGUCUGACAUCGGUUGGAUCCAAAACAAACACAACUAGGGAAAAUGGCAACGCUAGCAUCAACAACAGUAGAAUGGGACGAUCGGUCCCACGGCUGGGAGUUCCCCCUGUAGCUUCUACUGUGACUUCACCACCAUCACAUACUGCACCUUUACCCUGUAAAAACAGCCAGGGAAAAAGUACCACUAACCAGAAGGCUCAAGCAAGUGGAAACAAAAACCGCAGCCUUUCUACCAAUGGGUCAAAGUCGCUUAGCUCCUCUGUAAAAUCACUGACUCAGUCUAUUGGAAAAAGCUCUAGUAUUCCUCCAAGUGGGAAAACAAUCCCUCGAUCUAUGCAGGGCAUCAACAACAAACCUGGCAGAGGAACUAUUAUGGGGACAAAGCAAGCAAUUAGGGCAGCCAACAGUCGGGUUAAUGAACUGGUAUCUGGCAGUUCUGUCAAAAUGGGGCAUUUCAGAGGCUCCACAGACUCUGAUAGCGGGAAUGACAGUGGUAUUAAUCUCAGCGAUGAAAAAUCACAAAUUCCAGUGUUGCCAUCUCCUUACAGCAAGAUAACUGCGCCCCGGAGGCCUCAGCGGUACAGCAGUGGGCACGGCAGUGAUAAUAGCAGUGUUUUAAGUGGAGAACUGCCACCAGCAAUGGGAAGGACAGCUCUUUUUUACCACAGUGGUGGCAGCAGUGGCUACGAAAGCAUGAUUCGUGAUAGUGAAGCAACAGGCAGUGCCUCUUCCGCACAUGACUCAAUGAGUGAAAGCGGAAUGUCAUCACCAGGACGCAUGAGGAGUUUGAAGUCCCCUAAGAAAAGAUCGACAGGUCUCCAGCGUCGUAGACUGAUUCCUGCUCCAUUGCCUGAUGCUACAUCCCUAGGAAGAAAGCCCAGUGUCACUGGCCAGUGGGUUGAUCUACCACCUUUGCCAGGCACUUUAAAAGAGCCAUUUGAAAUUAAAGUUUAUGAGAUUGAUGAUGUGGAACGAUUACAGCGACACAGACAAGAGGAAACUGAGCCUUUCCAGGAUGUUGAAAAGGGUCUGAUGUAUUUCAAUACCAAGCUGAAGAUUUUAGAAAGGCGCCAUCAGCAGAUUAGAGAAGUGAAGGCAAAACAUGAAUGUCUGAAGGAAGAGUUGGAAGAGACAAAGUGCAGAUUGAUGAUGGAUCCAAAUAAGUGGAAAGAAGAGUUUGAGGUGGACCCUCACCUUGAUAAGGAGUCUCAGGAGUAUCUGGAGGCACUGGAACAAGUGACAGAGGAACUAGAGCAGUGUGUUAAUCUGUGCAAGUCACAUGUCAUGAUAGUGACCUGUUUUGAUAUUGGAAUGAUAUCCGAUGUGCAAGAUGGAGUUCGAGAAGUGGAAGUUUGAAGGCGGUUUUUCAAGGGACUUUAGGAAGUGGAGCCAAACUGUCCAACACGAAGAAGAAAAAGGAUUAGGAAGUGAAAGUGGACAUGUGAAGACUUAAAGUCACAAUGAAUGUUGUAGAGACUGAUACAGAUGAGGAAUUGGAAUGUUUAUAAAUCAUUAUGGUGCCUCUACGUGACCUGAACUGUACAAAGAUAAAAAUAGAAAUAAUAAACAUUGUUUCUAACGGAGAAAAGCAGAAAAAUCUAGUAUAAACCAAGACUUUAUAAAACAAACAGAAAACAGUGAAAGUGCCUUUAAAAUUCAUUUGAUUUUCAUUUUUGUAUUUGGUGCUAGAAUUAAAGCCAGCAAACCUAAGCAGACCACAAAAUGUAUUCCUAUGAAAUAUUUUAUACUGUAUAGUGUAUUUAUGACUAUAUGUAAAAAAACCAACAUUGUAGCACAAGCAAUAAGUAAAUUAUGUUUUCAUACCUGAACUUGCCUUCUUGUUUAAUAGAAAAGCUGUUUUAUGUAGCAAAACUAAAAUUGUAUUAUAAUUGUUUUCUUGGUUAGGAUUCAAGAUAUUUUUAUGAACAUUUAUCUAUUGAAGAAGUGUAUUAUGGAAUUUCAAGAUGAUUGUUUUAUGUUCUGUUUUUGUAUUAUUCCUUUUUCAGGUCAAAAUAAAUGUUUGUGUUCCAUUUAUAUAUAAAUAUAUAUAUAAAACUGCUUAACUACUUCCUUGGUUACUAACCCCUGUUUUCAUGGAUCCGAUCUUUUUGUUGUUAACCGAACUCGAGGAAGUCUAGAAGGGCAUUGUGGUUUGUUUUUCUCUGACUACAGGAACUGAAAAUUAUGUUUAUUACCAAAACCAUAAAACAAACAAGCAAAAAAAAAAAAGAAAGUUUUUGUAAAUUUUAAGUUAGGUCCAUAUUUUUAUAUAGUUUUGACUAUAAAUAAAGGUUUUUGCAUUAUGAACUUUUAAGACAAAUAGUAUAUCUUUUUACAGUUUUUCUAAGGAAGGCAAACCCUCAGGAUCAAGUUUAUACAUGCUGCAUGAGAUUUGUGCUUUUUUGAAGGAGACCACCUAAGCGUGGAAAGUAUUGAUAAAUUUGUUGCCAAGCGAAUACUUUUGAAAAGGUUUAAUAGUGUAUGUAAUAUCACAUUUCAUAAUGAAUCAUAUUUUCUGAUCAUUUUGCUUUUUAUGGGUUUUUUCAAAUCCUUUGUACAAAUGUGUAUAACAGCUUGCUUCAGCUUUUAUCUGUGAAUAAAA